GGUGAUAAGAGUCGCGUCAGAACUAAGCGAAACCCUUCGAAAUUUCUCUUUUAAAAACCCAUCUCUCUACUCGAUCUCCCUCUCGCCGCUUCUCUCCUGCUUACACAUCCACGCACACAUUGACAUUGCUCUCCUCCCGCGAUUUUGAAACCAUGGCACUACCUAACCAGCAAACCGUCGAUUAUCCUAGCUUCAAGCUCGUCAUUGUUGGUGAUGGAGGCACAGGGAAAACCACCUUCGUCAAGCGACAUCUUACUGGGGAGUUUGAGAAGAAAUAUGAACCUACUAUUGGUGUGGAGGUUCAUCCUUUGGAUUUCUUCACAAACUGUGGCAAGAUCCGAUUCUAUUGCUGGGAUACUGCUGGACAAGAGAAAUUUGGUGGCCUAAGGGAUGGAUACUACAUCCAUGGUCAAUGUGCAGUAAUCAUGUUCGAUGUCACAGCACGGCUCACAUACAAGAACGUUCCGACAUGGCACCGUGAUCUCUGCAGGGUGUGCGAGAACAUCCCGAUUGUUCUUUGCGGGAACAAAGUUGAUGUGAAGAACAGGCAAGUGAAGGCAAAGCAAGUGACAUUCCACAGGAAGAAGAAUCUGCAGUACUAUGAGAUAUCUGCAAAGAGCAACUACAACUUCGAGAAGCCCUUCUUGUACCUUGCUAGGAAACUUGCCGGCGACCAAAACCUUCACUUUGUCGAGUCACCAGCUCUUGCUCCACCAGAGGUUCACAUUGACUUUGCUGAGCAGCAGAAGAACGAGGCUGAUCUCGCUGCAGCUGCAGCUCAGCCACUCCCUGAUGACGAUGAUGACGCAUUCGAGUAAAAAAUCUUCCUGAAAUGUCUCUGCCGUGUGGGAAGCUGUUUGCUAUUCUCUUUCGUUUUGGUUAUUCAGGCUAUGUUGCUUUGAUGUUACAUAUUAAAUGAAUCGGUCUUUUUAGAAUGAAAUUGGGGAAACAUUGGGAUUGUUCCGUUUUGGAAUAGAGCGAGUUGUUUUUGGACCCAAAGAAAAUUUGCAGCUAAGUUUUUAUUUUACU